GUAGUUGAGCUCGGAAGACGGAUCCAUUUCAGUCACAGGGGUGUUCGUGCGCACAGCACAUCUCAGAGCAACACUCUGCGCCAUGACCGAGCGGGAUAUCCCAGCUUUCACACUGCUACCGACGACCACCGACCAGAAAGAUUACAAACAUAAUUCUCUGCAAAAACUCUACUGCAGAAAUGGAGGAUACCAUCUCCGGAUCCAACCCAGCGGGACUGUGGACGCGAGUCGACAAGAUAACGACGCUUACACUCUUUUGAAGGUAAAAGCUGUAAAAGCAGGAUUGGUGGCCAUCAGAGGUCAUGAGACUGGACUAUUCCUGGCAAUGGACAAAUGUGGAAGACUUUAUGGCACUGCCAUGUUGAACGAUGAGUGUUACUUCAUUGAGAAGAUAGAGGAGAACCACUACAACACAUAUCGUUCACAGAGGUAUCAGGAGAACGGAGACUGGUACGUGGGGAUCAGAAAGAAUGGGCGGACAAAAAGCGGCUCCAAAACACACAAGGGCCAAAAUGCGAUCUACUUCCUGCCAAUUCCAGUGGAUGGCAGCAUACAGUAAUGUUUUGGCAUGUCGAGGCUCUCAAAACACCCCUGGCACUAUUAAGAAUUAUAAAUUAAAUAAGUAGAUGAGAAGACAAUGCCUAGUUA